CUUUCAUUUUAGUGCUUGGUUGGUAAAAGGGCCUAGUUAACAUAAGGACUUCUAGUAAAAGCAGGUGAAGGUUUUCGGUUUGCCAGUGGUAGUUGCUCAGAGACCAGCAAAAUGACGACAACAGAAUCAGUUAAGGAUAUGAUAUCACCUGAACGCCUCGAAGCUUUAAAGAAAGCGUUCAGUGUGUAUGACAAGGAUGGUAACGGGAGGAUCUCCAGCUCAGAGCUUAGGAAGACCUUGCAGGCGAUGGGUGACAACCCAACAGAGGCUGAGGCCAAGACCAUGCUGAAUGCGGUCGAUAAAGACGAAAAUGGUUACAUUGAUUUCGAGGAGUUCUUACAAAUGAUGCAGCCACAUUUCAACAAAUCUUUCAACCCUCAGAAGGAGUUGGAGGAUGCGUUUACCAAGCUAGACAGGAAUAAGGAUGGGAAGAUCACCCCUGAUGAGCUGAUACACUACCUGACCGAGACAGGCGACGAGCAACUGACCAUAGAGGAGGCAGAGGAGUUUGUCAGGGAGUUUGAUAAGAAUGGCGACGGGGCCAUUGAUUAUAAAGAAUUCAUCCAAAUGAUAGUCACGUGAUAUACCUAAAAGGAACCAGACGUGCAUCAAUUUUCAAAGGAAUGGACUGGUUUUAUUGAUAUCCAUUUGUGAUAUAUGUAACUGCAUUAAUCCGUCUUUGCGUAGCUGGUGACCAGUCUUUUAGACCUUAGAUUUCGGCUGUUUACUCUUGGUAAAGAUGAAGCACGUAUGGAUAAACCGGGAAGAUGAGUCCGAAGCUAUUGACAGUAUUCUUUUCAUCAGUGAUCGUAGCAAUACACCUGAUUCCCUCACCGAAAAAGUAGCACAUGACAAUGACAUUUUCCCAGGGCGACAUGGAUUCCUGUUACAACGGAUAUAUGUAAAUUGCUAGAGAAAACGUAUCUGUAAAAUCCUGCAGAUUAGCAAAAGGUGUUUGGUUCAGAAUAACCUUUAUGGUGUGGGUUGUUUUUUAUGUCUUAUAAGACGAAAAAAGAGACUUAACUUGGAUUUAUUGUUCUUAAGAGUCGUGCAGGCAUUCAGAAGCCUCCUGAGAAUUGGUUGAGAAGAAAUUUCACUAUAUAUCCGAUGCAGCUAAGCACGCGAAACUUCAACAAGAACGAGGGCGCUUUAUUGGAGAAAGUAUGAGUCCAAAACACUUUGAGAUAUUUUCCCAAACUGUUGUCUGACUUCUUGGAAUACUUAGUCGAAAAAAAUGAAAAGUCAAGUAAACAGGUCCGCUGUUUUUAUGCCAGUUACAUCGAGUUGGCGAGCAAGGAUUUCUUAUUUUACGAGUAGUAAACUUGGCACCAGUUUUAUUCACGUUCACCUCAGGGUUGAAAAGUACUCGAGAAGACGAAAACCGCAGCAACUUGCAAAUAUUACCUUAAAUAUAACUAAAGGGCAUAAAAAUAACUUCCGUUUUUUAUUAAAUUGAAAACAAACGCCUUAUAAUUAGAAAAACAGCUGCGUAAUAUACUUUAUUUUCGAUAUAAUUUUGUCAAUAUGAUUUAUGUUAGCCAUUGUUCGACGUCCUUCUUUGAAUUCUUUCUUGUUAAGGCUCCCUCUGUAUGUUGUUGUGCUUCCACUCCAUAAGACCUAUUUACUAAUACCGUUAAGAAGACGGCUUUCUUGACUAGCUACGUGGCCACACAGUUAAAGCUUGCAAUUGAUGACCCAAUAUCGAAAAUCGAGAUCGAACAACUGAUCUCGAGAGGAGUAAAAGAGUGAGCAUUGCUCCCUUACCUGAGUAAGAAUGCUCAUCAAAACGUGUUUACAUUUUCAGUAACUCAACAUUGGUGUAUGACACGUCAGAAUAAGAGCGUCUCUGCUUUAGUGACGAUCCAGCAAGAAACUGAUCACUCUUCCUGGUGCCAUCUCUUGGAUUAAAAAAAGUGCAUUCCAGUAUUAUUAGGCCCCAGCAAUAUCUAUUUCAAUGUAAA